AUGUCCGCUUCCGACGGUCCUCCCCCGCCAAAAACAGCGGCCGCAAAGUCGGCCGGCUUGUACUUUUACUUGUACUGGGUUGGUUUGUGUAUGCACAUGGCUAUGAUGAUCAUCGGCUGCCUCGCAUACACUGGUGGUGCAAACCAGGAGAACCUCUCUGUCCGGAUCACCUUUACCACUCUCAGUCACCAUGUACAACGGGCAUUCAUCGCAAUGGCCGCCCUCGGUAUACUUCUCGAAUCGUAUCUGUCGUUUGCGGCUCUCAUUUAUGUUUACCGCUUGAGAGGAAGAAACUAUGACGAAGACGACCUCUUCCGGGCGAUUCGCGUCAUCAACUUUGGCUGUAUUCCAUGGCAUAUUUUCUGCGUUAUUGCUUUUGGUGUCCUCUUGGGUCUUGCGUCAACCUACGUGCCGCUUUUAUCGUCGGAGUUAUCUGAAUGUAAUUCAUACGGUGAUAGGUUAACGCAGUGUCCCAUGGUCAAUGGCACAUGGAUUUUGGCGAUAUUCUACUGCUUGUGGCACGUCGGGCAGCUCCUCGUCAUUUUCCGAUUUCGCAAGCGCCUGGUGCACUUUGUCCCGGAAGAUGAAGACGGCAGCUACGAGAUUCUCCCGCCGCCUGUCAGACAUAUUCCCGCGGUUCCACGGUCCAAGGGUUCCCGCCCACCGUCCUACCGGUCGAACCUGGAUAACCCACCGAGUUAUACGCCGGUGUCGUCGCCAAAUGGGGUGAAGUAUAAAGCAGUUCUCCCUCCGCCUAGCGCUGGCACUUCAAGGAUGUUCACCGUUGCCGAAAGAGAUUGA